AUGCUUGAUCUCAACCUUUUUCAAGUUGAUAAGGGUGGGAACCCCGAGUUAAUCCGAGAAUCUCAAAGAAAGAGAGGUGCUUCGGUCGAAUUGGUUGACGAAAUUAUCAAUUUGUACAAUGAAUGGCGGAAAGUUCGUUAUGACUUGGAUCAGGUCAACAAGAAACAGAAUGCCUUACAAAAGGAAAUAGGUUUGAAGAAAAAGAACCGUGAAGACGCCUCGACAUUAAUCGCCGAGAAGGAAUCUCUCAACUCAGAGAAAGAACGUCUUACAAAUCUUGAAAAGGAAAAAGAAGAAAUAUUGAAACAAAAAGUCAGUACUAUUGGAAAUAUCGUCCACAAUUCUGUACCCGCCUCUUUGGAUGAGGCAAAUAAUGAGAUUAUUCGGAAAUGGGAACCAUCGGCGGAUGCAGACGGUGUCGAACGAAAACCUGUCAAGAAAGAUGGAAUUUUGUCGCAUCACGAGGUACUAUUCAGAAUCGACGGUUAUGACUCUGAGAGAGGAACAAAUAUUGCCGGUCAUCGUGGCUAUUUUCUGACGAACGAUGGCGUGGACCUCAAUUUAGCGCUUAUACAGUACGGUCUUUCGUUUCUGAGAAAAAAAGGAUAUAAGAAAUUGCAGACCCCAUUUUUCAUGCGAAGAGAGUAUAUGGCCAAAACGGCUCAGUUGGAGCAAUUCGACGAGGAGUUAUAUAAG